AUGCUGCAAAUACUCGAGUUGAUUGGGAAAUACUACCCUUUUGUCACUCAACCAACAACUAGUUCAUUGACUGUAGAAGACUUAAAAGCAAUGACUUUAUGGGAAAGAAUUCAAAUCAGAGAUUGGAGAACUGAGUUUUUCACAUUAGGAUUUAUUAUAAUUUUUACUAUAUUAUUUAAAUUAGGAGAUUAUGUUAAUGAAUUAAAAGUUAAAAACUUUUUAUCAGGAGUUGAACAAGUUUUUAAAAAACAAUUUUAUCAAUUUGGAGUAUUACCAAAUAAAUUAUUUAUAAAAGAUAGUUCUGAACAUUUUGCAUCUUAUGCAACUGGAAGAUUAAAUAUUGCAAAAGUUGAUUUAAAAUUUAUUUUAAAACCAAGACAAAAUAUAUUUAUAUGGAUUAUGGAAACUGGAUUUAGUUUAUUUACAACUAGUGUUCAAACUCCUGAAGAUAAAGUUGAGAUUAUUAUAACUCCACUGGGGAAAUAUGAUAAUUUUAUUUCAGCAAUUGUUUCAAAAUUAGGUAUGAAUGAUGCAAGAAAAUUAAAUUAUUUUUUAUCAUUAUGUAAAACAACUGAUUCUUCAAAUUUACCUGAAUCAUUUGUAUAUAUGAGUGAGGCUAAUGAAUUUCAAGAUAAAAUUACAACUCCAGAAUUAAAACAAUCUUUAACUUUACAAUCUGCAAAUUUUUUAAAAGUUAUUGCAUUCACUGAUCAAUCCUCAAUAAGACCAGAAACUCUUAAAGAAUUUAUUCCAAAUAGAAAAGUUAUAAUUGAAUUAAAUUUAACAACAAAUAAAAAUGAUUUAAAAAUUAUUAGUUCAGUUUUAGAUUCAAUCUUUAAUAUAAUUGAUAAAUUAUCAGAUCAAGUUAUUACAUUUAAACCAGAAACUUUAAAAAAAAUUGUUAAAACAAGAGAAAAUGAAAUUGAAAAAUUAAAAAAAUUUGAAUUAGAAUUAAAAAAUGAAAAAUUAGCUGAUGAACAAGCAAAAUUAAAAAGAGAAGAACGUGAAAAAUUAAGAAAUUUAUCAAGAGAAGAUCAAUUAAAAGCUGAAAAGAAAGCUCAAGAAAAGAAGCAAAAGAAAUUACAAAGAAAACAAAGAAUUAAAAUGUAA